CGUGUACUUAAGCAACACACGGCAUUGUAUUUUUUUAUUCUGCUACUUUUGUGGGCCAACAUUCUCCUCUGAUCAUACAUUAUGAUGGCAGAGAACGAUGAUGGGCCUUAUUGUGACUUCACCGAGGCCCAAAGAAUUGAGAAGUUUAAGAAGAAUCUGGCACUGCAUCUCGAGGAACUCGAGAUGUUGCAAGCCAUGUUCUCUAACCCAGGGGAAUUUCACCUGUAUGAUCCUUCCCUAAUCGCCGAUUAUCACGACUUCCUCAACCAUGAAUCCUUCGUUCUUCCAUCCCAUUUGGAAUUCGCUUUUGACAUCAAGCUUGAUGGGGGGAAGCUGGAGUCAAUAGUGGGUCUACCACUUGAGUAUCCAGAUUGUGAACCUGAUGUGUUUGUGAGGUCAGAGAAUCUGAAGAGAGACAAACAACAUGAACUAAAUGAAGGGCUGAUGAACUAUAUCAGUACCUUGGAAAGAGGAGAAAUCUGCAUUGGACUGGCUGUACAGUGGCUCAUGGACCAUGGUGAGGAAUAUUUCAUACAUGAGCAGGUGGAGCAACCAAAUACAGAGCCAAAGAAGGAAGUGGACCUCCUAUUCACAAGAUAUUGGAUCUAUUCUCAUCACAUCUACAACAAAAUCAAGAGGAGGACCAUUUUGGAAAUUGCAAGGGAGAGCAAGUUAACCGGAUUUUGCCUUCCAGGCAAACCAGGCAUCAUAUGUGUUGAAGGACUUUCUGAAGAUUGUGCUGACUUUUGGAGCAGGGUGAAGCACAUGAAUUGGAAGAAAAUUAUGUGCAAGAAACGAGAGGAGGUGAAGCUAGAGAAUGAGGAUGAAGUGGAAUCACACAGGAGAUUUCUUGGAUUUGAAGAAAUAUGCUUCACAGGUGGAAAGCAGUUAGGAAGGGACUGUCAUAUGGAUAUGGGAGAAUUCCUCAAGUACCUGGAAGAGCAUCACUCUGGCUAUGUGUUCAGGGAUUACUUUGGCAUUGAUGGGAGGGUCUGCCAGCAUUCAUGAUUACUUAUCUAGUUUUGCAGGAAUAUUUUCAAAAGAAAAAAUCUUCAGGGGAAGCAUUUAAAUUCACAAAUCACUUUAAAAC